AUCUUACGCGCUCAUGUGAUCCCAUAGGGUCAUUAGUUGCCGGAGUGCGCAUGCGCACAACUAGCAUGGCGUCUGAAGCAGAGCAGGUGAAGCUGUCACCGUGCGAGUACAGAGCCUUGAAAGAGUGUCUGGACAAGAACCAGGGGAACAGAGAAAAGUGUGAGAAGGAGUGGCAAGAGUUUCAAAACGCGUGUGCCCACAACAAAAGACUUGCAGCUGAGGGUAACCUUUCACCUCCAGCAAAAUGAGACGAGCUGUGAGACUGACAGCAUGGCCGGCAGCUAGAGCCACGAGGCCUAACAAGGUUCACAACACCUUUAGCCCCACCCCCUCAUCAAGACCAAGCUCCGCCCACCUCUCUAUGUCUUCCCUGGCCCCCGGCAGCCUGUACCGGAAAACUGUGGACUACUUCAACAGCUAUCCUUUCGUCAAAUACUCUCUCCUGCUGUGUGGGGUUGUGUUGGGAGGUAGUCUGGCGUUUGAGAGCUACAGCAAACACAAGAAGAAGCUGCUGCCCCAGAUUCUCUCUCUCCCUCCUCGCGUCGCCCACCGCACACAGCCGAGACCCGGGGAGCUGAGGAGACUGCGGGAGGUGUGGAGGGAUACGAGGGGGAGGGGGGAGGGCGUGGUCUACGUUGUCGGUCCUCCGGGCAGCGGGAAGACGGAGCUGGUGUGUCAGUACGGUCAGCAGUUUAUUCAACAGACCAUCAAUCUCAUGUAUCGCUUCAGAAUCUGCAAGCCAGCCGUGCUGUGCCUCGAUGGUAGCUCUGGGACUCAGCUCAAACUUAGUUUACAAGAGGCAGCCACGUGUUUGGGGAUCAGCGAGGUGGACACCCGGCCAGUGGGAGGUGAGGAGGGACAGGAUGUGCUGGUGUUGGCUAAAGCUGUGGAGACUAAGCUGAGAGCCAAUGGUGUUCCGUGGCUGAUCGUUGUCGACAACCUCACCCAGGAGACGUGGCCUGUGUUUGGGUCUGUGUUCCAUUCCAGAGACCUCGUCAACUGGGACUGGAGAGUGGGUCAUGUGAUAGUCACAUGUCGUCAGCCACCGCCUGAAGUGGGUGGGGCUGUCCUUCCCAUCUCUGACAGUCUGGAGAAGGAUGAAGGUCUGGCUCUGUUGCAGUCUCUGAGUCCCUCCACCCGUUUCUCGUCUGCCGACUCUGCCAUACUCUCUCAUCUGUUGGCCUCUUCUCCUCUCAACCUCUCCCUCGCAGCCUCCACUGUCAACAUCUACUCAGCCAGUAUGGAGCGCGAGGGGAGCCCACGGAGCACUUCAGCCCUGGAGGAAUACCUCGAUAUACUGGCAGAACAGGUUUCAACCUCGUCCGACCGGUUUCCUCCAUCGCCAAACCCGAUGACUCGGACUUGUCUCAAGCUCUACGUUGAAGCUGCGGCCACAGAUCCUCGAGCCCUGCACACCUUUGAUCUUCUGGGAAGCCUGUCACCCUCUCACCCUGUCCCAGCUAGUCUGCUGGAUCACCACCUCUCCUCCUCUUCCUCCUCGUCUUUCUAUCGUCUACCUCCUCUGGCUCCACCGGUCCUCCCAACUCUGCCUCAGCCCCAAGACACCUCAUUCUGGGCCCAGCUGAAGAUGUUACUCCCGUUUGGACACAAGGCUCCCCCUCCCUCCUCUCCUCUGGCGAGUUUCGAUAGACUCCAUCACCUGCGGGACUCCCCCAUCCUCUCCUUCAAGAAAUACUCCAGCGAAGGUUUCGAGUUGGUUCAGCUACACCCACUUGCCAGGGAAGAGCUCUCUCGCCAGCUUCUCAACAGAACAGUUCCCCGGCUGGAGAGAGCUCAUUUGGAGGAGGCACGGGAGGUGUUUCGAAACACGGCGUGGUUCAGAAACUACCGGACAUUUGACGAGACGGGAGCUCUGGUCCAGUACCACAGGACAAUGCCUGGGGUGGGCGGGGCUGGUGUAAUGACGAGGGAGGAGUUUCAGUCAUCUCCAAUGGCAACGGACCUCCAGUACUCUGACUACCUCCACACAGUCUCCCACAAUCAUCGGGUCAGCUCCUCAAUCAUCUCCCAAUUGAAGAUUUUGGACGACGGGUUUGCCUCCUUGCAGUUCUGUCGCUAUGUCGAACCCCACCUUAGUCACCUUCUCAGCCAGCCGUCUCUCUCAGACAGUGACCGUGUCAUGUGCCAAUACGGACUAGCCUCAGUUGCAUCAGUCUUGUCUGCGCCUCGAGCUAGAACUCUCUACCAAUCAGUUCUGGAGGACCAGAGGAGAGUGCUGGGAGUGAACCACCCUGCAGUCGCGAGGACUCUGACUGACAUGGCUGGUCUCGUAUUCGCCGGAGAAGAUGUCGAAGGAGCGCAGGACUUAUUGGAGACCACUCUCAAGAUAUACUCCUCCCUCCAGCUCAAGUCGCUCAGCUCUGAGGUUAAGAUUGACCAAGCCCUGGCCCUCGCCUCUCUGGCGGUGGUGGUGAGCUGUCGAGGGGAGAAGCGGAGGAGCCGGAAUCUCCUUGAGGAAGCUCUGAGUCUCUAUCAGACCAUGCCGGAGUCCGGAGAGGUGACUGUGUAUCAGCGGAGACUUGUGGCGUCCACACUGACCGACCUGAGCCAGGCCUACCUGGGUCUCGGGCAGAUUGUGUUGGCUCUCAAGUACGUGGAGCUGGCGAUGCUGGCAAUGCCCAACGUGUACCCGGAGGGAAACAGUGAGACUGUGCGAGCCCUGACUGUGGCUGGAGCUGUGUAUGCUCUCUUGGGGGACAAGAGAGAGAGCCAGAGAGUGGGUCAAGAGGCUGGGAAGGAGAAGGCUCGACUGGAAAAACAGCAUCUCGUUUUCAUGUAGCAGCACCGUUGUACUUAUUCCAAAUGGAGCGCACCAUAACAAAUUCCAAUACGUGCGCACUGCGCACCAAGGAUCGCGAAAAAAUGUCUGCAAAUCCGAGCAUGGAUAUAGACGCUGGAAAAGACGGGCUCUGGCGCCUGGCUAUAGUAAUCGAUGGCGAUCAGCUUGAGCACCGCUUCGAGAACCUCAACUCGAGUCCCAUGCGGCUGCUGGCUUGGUUCUCACCGCCCUCUCCUCCCGCUCGACUGGGGGAAGAAACUGCACUCGCAAUGGCCAAAAUCUCUCUCCUGGACACGUUCGACAACGUCCACGAGUACCAGACAAAGAAAGGAGUCCCGCUGCGAGCUGCCAGCACCGAUCGCUGCCGCUACCCGCACGUUACGCUCGCCUCCUACCGCUGCAUGGAAGACGAGGCCAGGGAGACGGUGCUAAUGAACCUCCCGGACUGCCAAUCGGUGGAGCGUCACACGGGUCUCCCUCGACCCACCUCUCCCACCAUCCUGGUCUCCUCCCCGGCGUUCCUAGCGAGCCAGGGGUACUUUCAUCUGGAACUGGUCUGGGUCCAGAUCACGUGGCCUCUCUGUCUGCAGAGAGUGCUGGUAUCAGGAGGGUCUGGGGGGACUGUAGCCCUCACCCCCGCCGUCCUGGGAGAGGUAAUGCAGCAGCUGUCUGAACUACUGGGGAAAGAGAAGGUGGUUCUGAGGCAGGGGGCGACGUUCUCUCUCACGGGGAAGUUCCCCCGAGAUGGGGAAGAGGAGAGGAGGCACGGAAUGGUUCAGUUGAGGGUGCUGGAGGCGAGUCCAGUGCUGCAGGGACAGCUGACGAGGGAGACAGAGGUGGUUGUGGUGCCUCAAGUGGAGGGAGAGAUGACUGUCGGCUCGCUGGGUUCGUCUGGGAAAAGUCUGUCUCUCUCUAACCUCCCCUUCCCCACAGGAGAGAGUUCAGCUCUGGUGGAGAGCGCGGAGACACGAUCGUUCACCGCCUCAAACUGCUCCGCCUCCGACUUCCGCAAUGAUGACGAGGAGGAGGCGGAGUCGACCUCUGACCCCAGCCUGGAGCUGCUGACCCACCCUGACCUGAAGCUGCACAGGAACUAUGUGCUGGUUCCGCGGCGGUUUGCCCGGGAUUACGAACUGCUGCAGUACCAGAUGGUUGUUCUGGAGCCACUAGGGCAGCCGCAGGGACUCGGGGGGCUGGCAGAUAUGGUCAUAUCCACCCACUCACAUGGAGAAGAAGCUGCCGGGAGCCACAGCGCCAUCUUGAUGUGGUACGAUGGACAGGCAGAACUGGAGCGCUACCUCCCACCACCGUAUCCUGGGUUUACCUUCAGCGAGGCAGUUCUGGACUCUGCGUUUGUCCAUCCUCACCUCAUGUAUUCCCUGUUCCACGAGACUCUGUCUCCCUCUCGUCGGUACAAUGUCACCAUGAAGACUGGGAAAGGGAAGAAAGAUGGAGCCCUGCCUGACCUCCCCAAGGCAAAGGUGGUAACCAUGGCGCAGAUGGGAGUGGUCAGAGCCCAGCAGGAGCUGAACAAGGACGAGACGAGAGAAGCUCUCAAAUCAUUCUUCCAACAGAGGACCCAUCUGCUGAUGACAGGAGACAUCUUCAGUGUCGAUAUUGAGGGGGCAGGCUCAGUGUUCUACAGACUGAUGGAAACCGAUCCUCCAAACAGUCAGAGAUGUGACUCUUCUUGUCUCAGGGAAAUCUCCUGGCCUCUGAAGAGAUUGGUGCAUUUACCCUCUCCCAUCUGAGUGCCCCCCAUGCCCCCUCCUCCCCCCACCUCUGUACUUCUCUCGUCUGCUGCCCCCUGGACUGGAGGCUCCCUGUCUCUCUCUCUUCUCCCUCCUCCUCCCCCUCCUCUACACCCACCCCUCUCUCAGGCCAUCUCGUACACCUGUCAUCCUCCUUACUGGACCAGGUGGUGUUGGUAAGACGACAGUUGUCAGAGCUGUUGCCAGGAGAACCAGAGCUCAUCUACUGGAGCUCAACUGUUACCAGUACUGCAGUGAACCAGUGGCCACUGCUGAGAAGAGGUUCAUGGCUGACUCUGCCAGGGCUCUGGAGUGUGCUCCAUGUCUGGUGCUGUUCAGAAACAUCCACAUGGUCGGCAGGGAUGCCAAGAAAGAUGAACCACGACUUGCGGCAGCAUUUCUCUCCCUCAUGUCGUACAUCAGUCAGCAUAACAAGAAGUCUGCAGUGGACUUCCCCAUAAUGGUCGUGGCGACUGCUCCAAAACAAGCGGCAAUCCCUGCCCAGGUUGCCAUGGAGAUGUUACACGUGGUGGAGAUGGCCACGCCCACAGAGACCCAGCGUCUGGUGAUGCUGCGAGGACUGGCUAGGGACUACCUCACCUCACCAUCUGUUCCCUGGACCCAACUAGCCAGAUUGACUGCCGGGUUUGUACUGGGAGACGUUGUGUCUCUGCUCUCCAGAGCCAGCAACUUUGCUACCACCGCUGCCUUUGACCAGUUUGGUCCGAGGGCAGAACUGGAGAUGGCAGGAGGAUGGCAGUAUCCCAGUCUCAUCUCCUGGUGGCCCUCGGCAAGCUCAAUGCAGCUCACUCCGAUGCCAUCGGAGCUCCAAAAAUCCCAGAUGUUCGCUGGGAGGAUGUUGGGGGGCUGGCUGAGGCAAAACAAGAGGUCCUGGAUGCCAUCCAGCUGCCUCUGGCGCACCCUGACCUCUUCAGCCAGGGUCUGCGGAGGUCAGGAGUUCUUCUCUAUGGGCCCCCGGGGACAGGGAAAACCCUGCUCGCUAAGGCUGUUGCCACCGAAUGUGGCGUUCAUUUCAUGAGUGUCGACGCCGGCGCUGAUACAAUAUCGUACGUCGGACAAACUGAGGAGAACGUCCGCAAGAGCUGCGGCGCGGCGAGAGGUGCGCCCCUGCAUCAUCUUCUUUGACGAACUUGACUCCAUCGCUCCGAGCAGGGGAAAGACCGGAGACGCCAGUGGUGUAAUGGACAGGGUGGUGUCUCAGCUAUGGACGAGAUGUACGGGCUGUGCAAAGAAGUGUCUGUAUAGGUGUAGGAGCAACCAACAGAGUAGACCUGCUGGACUCUGCCUUACUGCGGCCAGGGAGGUUCGGACAGAUGUUAAACUGGGAAAUUAGCGAUGA